CUUUACAAGAACUUUGAAAGCUUUACCAGAAUUUUGAAUGCACACAUCAAGAUGCGUUGCAUUUUACUUUGGGGAGCAAUUUUGUGGAUGUAUUCAUCUGAAAUAAAAGGGCUCCAACAUGUGUUUGUACUGCAUGGAAAGGACUUACACUUGGAUGUAGAGAAACCUGUUGUACUUGACAAAAAGACUGACUUUUUCUGGAGGUUUAAUACCACUAAUUAUGUUGGUAAAAUUAGUUAUAAUAAAGAAAUAGUAUUAUUUGAUGGCUAUGAAGGAAGAGCUGAUGUUUUUGGACAUAAUUACUCUUUGGUAUUGAAAAAUGUACAACACAAUGACAGUGGAGAUUAUACUGCAGUAGUGACUGGGGGAAAAGAGCAAAGGCCAGCUGAAUACAAGGUCAUAGUCCAAGAUCCAGUGUCUCCAGUUAAUCUGACAUUGACCUCCAGCAGCUCAGACUCCUGUAACCUGACUGUAACCUGCACUAUAGUGGACCUGAACAUCAGCCGGACUUUUAGAUGUGAUGCUCACAACUGCUCUCUGUUGGAAGAAAAUCUCAGCACCACAGACAUGUGUUCCUCUCUGAUUGUUUAUCUGCAGCAAGACACCGUCUUUUGUAAUCAUAGCAAUGAAGUAAGCUGGAAAAAGAGCACAAAGGUGCUAAAAUCUCAAUGUGACACGAAGUCAGGCCACAUAGAUGCCAACAACACCAUCGUGACUGUGUGUGUUGUUGUUGCCAUCAUCAUAAUCCUCGUUGUAGGUUAUAUUCAUCAUCGAACGAAACAAAAAAAUACCAGAGAAACCAUUGAAAACACAGUGUAUGCAGUUCCUGAGGUUAUCCGAACAACACCACCCGUGGAACAGAGUCCAAUCAGUGAUGCUUCUCCAACAUCCACCUAUAGCUUUGUGAGACCUCACACUGGACCCAACGGAUCCACUGAGGCCAGAAGCAAAGCUUUGCCUGAGAGCUUGUAUGCCCAGGUAGAAAUUCAUCCCAGAUCCUAAAACCUCUUCAGAAAUUCUAAUUCAAAGUUUAAAAAGUAACUGCCUACCAAAGACAAUACAAUUGUCAAAGUCCUCUUGGAGAAAAAAAGGGAAGAAGAGAAAGUAUAUCACACAUGCAGAGAAAGAUUUUAUGUUUUAUGUUUUAUGUUAUGUUUACUUAAAGUAAAGUUAGUAUUGCCUAAUACUUAUUUAUACAUGUUUUUGAAGACUUGAGUUAUUUUUUCUGUUUGGCAGCAGUUCCUCAACACAAACAAAAUAACUGACCAAUAAUGUUUUAGAAUGUUUUAAAUUUGAAAAGGUGGUACUAAUAUUGUGUGAACCAAUCUCAUUGUCCAAAGCCUGUAUUAAAUAGAUGUGUUAUGAUUGUAACCGUUCUGUGAACAACUUAUGUGUCAUGGGUUGACUACCUCAAGCUCCUUUCAGACACAAAUGUUUUUGUGUUAGUUCAUUUUUCCUGCAUUUGGGCCCUUUUUCCUCAGACUGUCAUUCUCCUUAUGCCUUAACUGACCUUUCAGACCAGUAAAGGAUGGUAAAUGGCCUGUAUUUGUAUAGCGCUUUACUUAGUCCCUAAGGACCCCAAAGCGCUUUACACUACAUUCAGUCAUUCACCCAUUCACACACACAUUCACACACUGGUGAUGGCAAGCUAUAUUGUAGCCACAGCUGCCCUGGGGCGCACUGACAGAGGCGAGGCUGCCACCGGGCACUCUGACCACCACGGGUGAACGGGUGUGAAGUGUCUUGCCCAAGAACACAACGACUGAGACUGUCCGAGCCGGGGCUCGAACCGGCAACCUUCAGAUUACAAGACAAAUUGCCACGAUCGCCCCAGAACUGUAAACAGCAGUUAUAAGCUGAUAAUAAAGAAGUCCUCAGACUUUGUGCCAACGUAUAACAGAUGUGAUUGCCUAUAAGUGCAAGAAUGAUCUAAAAUAAAGCUAUCAAGCUAUAAGGAGGUUCAUUUUCUUUA